AUGGCCGGUGUUGAUGCUGACCCGGAUCAGGCAUUCGAAAUUGUAGAGCGAGAUGCGGUACCCGCGCCUCCACCACAGCCAAACGACUCACACGAACAACGAAUUCGCAGCCUGGAAAAAUGGCUCCAACCAACCGACUUUCUCUCCCCAGGGAGCGAGUUCAUGAAACAUUUACACUCACAUGUGCCUGGAACUGGCGGGUGGAUCCACAAGUCGCCUGUCUUUCGCAGUUGGGCCAAUGUCGACGCCAACUCUGACCAUGAUCAUGAUGGGGGCUCGUGUCUCCAUGUCCGGGGGGUUGCUGGUAGCGGAAAGUCUGUCUUUUCAGCCAGUACAGUGCGCCAGUUGCAAGAGUCUGGCAACAUUGUUCUCUUCUUCUUCUUUCGUCAGAUUGUCGACAAGAAUCACAGCGCCAACUACCUUGUGCGCGACUUUACUGCGCAACUGCUUUCUCAUUGUCCUGCUUUGGUAACCACUUUGACGGCCAUAUCGCAGGAUCAUGCCAUCAACCGUAAUGAGAGCAGCUUGGUAUGGCCUGCUCUCGCUGAGGCUCUUACUAAGAGUGUCACAAAGAAUGUGUACUGCGUUGUGGACGCCUUAGAUGAGAUGGAUGAUGGUGACUUUGAGGGCAUGACGAGUCGUCUUGUUGAGCUGAGCACCGCCGCACCUGAGAAAAUCAAGGUUAUGAUGACGAGUAGGCCGCUACCUAAGAUUGAACAGGCGUUUAGUAACCGCGGAAUCAUCAGGCUGAAGCUUGACCCUGCCCUACUUUUCCCAGAUGUGGUACGUUAUGUUAACGCCAGGAUGGCUACUCUCGAGCCUCCGUUAAGCGACGACAAAAACGAGCUGAUAAAGCAAGCCAUCUGUGAACGAGCCAACGGACUCUUUCUUCACGCGAGACUUAUUGCUGAUAAUUUAGCCGAAGGCUUACGGGAUGGGCAUAUCACUGAAGAGACUCUGCCUAGCAGUCUGGAUCGACUUCCACGUACACUCCGAGAUGUGUACGAGGACAUGUUAAAAGAACAUGCUUAUCGCAGCGGAGUCACCGCGGAGCAACAAGCCAAGGUCCUCAUGUGUGUGACGCAUGCGAGUCGACCGUUACGAUUGAUUGAGCUUGGAUCUCUGCUAUCCAAUAUGCUGAAUAUAAGUCUUGGACAAGGAAAGGACUUGGCGCGGCGGAGCUGCGGGAGGUUAUUGGAGCUCCUGGAAGAUGAGAGCGUGAGCGUUAUUCACCAUUCGUUUACCGAGUUUCUGCACGAUGCCACGAGAAAGAAGGACGCCGCUGCUUUCCCUGUUCUUGACGAUAUAGCUUCACAUGAGAUGCUUGCGGUGCUAAUGUUGGAAUAUCUCAAUGGCUGCCCGCAUUUCGACGUCACUAUUGAUGACGAGAGAGAGGCAAAUUACGACGACUACAAUUGGCAGGGCAAAGAGAGAAAAAGAAGGGAAGAUGUCGCAACCAAAUUGAGAGAGACACACCCCCUUGUCUCCUACGCUGCUGAAAACCUCGCAUUUCAUCUUAAGAAUGCAUCAGUGCGGCCGCUGGCCGUUGUUAGAGAAGCCCUGGCUCGCUAUUUGUGUCCUGGAAAGCCAGCUUUUGAGACGUGGAUGCUGAUGAAUUGGAGUGAUCGACUAUCUGGCUCUUUUACUGUCUUCCACCUUGCCACUGCUGUGCAAUCCCAACUUGCCAUGCCACUGGCGGUAGUCGAGCUGUUUGAAGGAAACGAGCCAACACUCGUCGACGCUCGUGAUUCAGAUGGCCGUACUUCAUUAUCCUACGCCGCCGAGAAUGGCCAUGAUGAAAUUGCCCAGUUUCUGCUUGCGAAAGGUGCAGACGCGGAGUCGGGUGGUAAUGAUGGCCUCAUGCCCCUACACAGGGCGGCAUUACGUGGUCAUUCGGGAGUUGUUCGACUUUUAUUAGCCGCUGGUGUUGACCCGCUGAUUAAAACAGUCCCAGUCUUCAGGGAAUUUGAUUGUUAUGAAGGGUACUUUGUCACUUAUACAGAGGAGCAAGCGGAGAGUCGGAGAAAGACCGCUUUGUCAUGUGCCUUCCGAGGAGACAAACCCGAGGUUGUCCAGGCGUUUCUGCCCUUUAUUCCACCAGACUCUGUGAAUAGAUACUUUCACCAGGUCAAUGACGUGGAGAAUGUAGAGGCCAUUCUGAACACGGGCAAAGUCGACAUUGAAUGCUUCCAGAACGGCAAAACAAGGCUGUUUAGGGCAACCGAGUCACACAAGCUAGAUUUGGUCAAGUUACUCCUCAAAUAUGGUGCAGACCCGAACAUGAGAUGUGCCCGGGGGCGAUCUUACGACUACAGCGGCAAUAUCACGCUACAAAUCGACAACGAACGAGGGCCAACACCUCUUCAUGCGUUUUCUUCUCCAGAGGAGAGGAGUAUCUUUAUGAAGGAUGACGUGAAAGAGGCGGAAGAAUGCGUCCGAGUGCUUAUAGAAGCCGGUGCAGAUGUGAAUGCCACAAUGGAUUGGGCCUACUCUCGACGUGGCCAGAAUCUGACAGCUCUGCAUCUCGCUGUGCAGAAGACUAGUACGACGUUUGGAUACUGGGGUUCGUUGGACAAGUCUGAAGAGAUUCUUGCCAAGGUGCUCCUCGCAGCAGGAGCAGAUCCUAACGUCCGGACGGACAAAGGAAACACACCUAUGCACAUCGCUAACCCGGAGAAGCCCCAACUGCUCGAUAUGCUCGUUGAACAUGGGGCAGAUGUAAACGCUGUGAAUGCGUGGGGAAGAACGCCUUUGCUGGAGAUUAUCACCAACAUGGGCACUUCGUCUGUUUUUAACCAGCUGAAACCAGAUGUCCAUACGUUCAACAAGCUCGUGGAUCUCGGGGCCGAUGUACACGCUACAGAUCAAAACGGGGAUAAUUUGUUUCAUCAUAUUAUGGGGAGCAUCGGGUUCCUUUCUGAUAAAGAGUUUUUGCCUUUAAUCCGACAAUUGGCAAACUCUGGCGUGGACUUGAAUCGCCGUAAUGGCAAGGGUCAUCCGCCUCUGUGGAAAUAUAAUCAUCCUGCUCCUACGGACAGCGACGAGGAACUUCUCCGAGUGCUCGUGGAAGCGGGCAUGGAUAUAAACGCGUGUGACGAGGAGAGAGGCGAGACUAUUCUAUGGGUCCUCGGCAGGAGAUUCGAAAAGAACCUCAACCCUAUGAAAAUGUUCAUCCGUCUGGGCGCUGACCCCAAGGUAUCCGCCAGAGACGGCAGAACUCUUUUGCACGAUGCGGCAAAAGAACAACAGGACGCCGGUUGGUUUCGCUAUUUGGUAUCGGUAGGCACAGAUCCAGAGGUACUCGACACCAGAGGAGACACGCUCAUUCACUCGGUGCUUCGCUCCACUUGCGAAGAUAAGAAUCUUCCUGAGAUAAUGCAAGUCUUGGUCGAUGCUGGUGUCGCACCGCUUGCCAAGAAUACAACUGGCCAGACGGCGCUACACGUGGUGAAGAGCUUCGGUGUCCUGGAAUAUGUGCUCAAAACCCCCCUUUUCAAGGGUUUGGAUAUCAACGAGCAGGAUGUGAAUGGCUUUACCCCCUUGCACCACGCUGUAGCUCUCGGAGAAAUAGAGAUUGGGACUCUUCUCCGCGCUGGGGCUGAUCCAACGAUCCUCGCGGCGGAUCAUCUCUCCUUGCUUCAUCUUGCCUCUCGUAAGGGAGCUGCUUCCAUCGUCAACCUUCUCCUAUCAGAGUACCAACGUCGAGGCGUGCUUGAGAAAUAUGUGAAUCUUCUGGGCGAGGGUAGAGCACCACUACAUUACGCUUGUUGCUUUGGACGGCCGGAGAGUGUCUGGGAGCUCCUCCGACAUGGUGCAGACCCUUGGCUGUUAGAUGCCAAAGGCCUUACGCCGCUUCAUGCCAUGGCCGAGUUUGAGCCUUCGGAACCUAAAUGGAACUCGCCCAGAACUCGCACAGCGGAUAUUGUUACCAUGUUGCGCCAAGCUGGAGUCGAUUUAACCGUCGAGGCAGUCGUUGAAGAAGAAGACGGGACGACCAGGAAUGUGACUCCCCUGGAUCUGGCGGUAGAGAAGAAGUGCUGGGAUAUGGUACGCGCGCUGGUUACAAGCGGUGUCAAAGUCCGGGACAGCUACAUGAAAUCCCCAGAGUUUAUCAUGGCCACAGAUAAACACAAAGCAGCCGAAAAGGUCCGUCGUAUCUCGGUUACAUUCCCUAGUCGGCAACAUGGUAGCAUGUGGCGGGGGCGAUGGUCAGUCUCUGAAAUGGAUCGUCCCCAAACUCCUAAGAAAGAGAAGCUAUACAUAGCUGACGGACAGACCAUAUUGGAUACACAAGCCAAAGUAGUGACUGGACUUGACAAAGUUGACCUCUUAAAGCGUGCUCUUGAUGAUGGGGAUUACGACAGUAUUAAAGAGUACGCAUCGCUAGGCGGAGAUGUGUUUGAACUGGACCAGUAUGAGGACAAUACUCUCCUCCAUUUACUCGUCAACGGCGGAUAUGUAGACCUGCUCGAGUACUUUGCCGACCAAGUGCCCCUGUUUGAAGCCCAAGAGCGGGUUCAGACAGACGAGGAAAGUUGCGGCACGCUUCUUGGCACAGCCUGCGAACGGGAACUCCCAUCUUUGAACAUUGUACAGUUCCUCGUUGACAAGAUUGGUGUUGAUGUCAAUGCUGUCUAUAACCGACGAGGAUAUUGUGACAAGUUACGAGGAGCCACCGCGUUGCACAUCCUCGCGAGCGGUCACUGCUUUUGGCAGAUUGAGGCACUCGAAUACCUUCUCUCAAAAGGAGCGAAUAUCGAGGCGCGGAACAAAGACGGCAUGACACCGCUGUUGGCGGCGCUGGACCAUAGUUAUCCGGAUGGUCAUUGGCGAGAAGAGACGGUGCGGGUACUGGUGAAGCAUGGAGCCAAUGUAAAUGCGACCAUUCAGCAGACGGAAGACAUAUCAGAGCCGGUUAGAUGGAACAAUGGCUUCUCCGCAUUGGAGAUGUCGGACCGGGCGGGGAUCACGAGACUCUUGCUUAAGAACGGAGCGGACGCCAAGUGUGUUCCGGGACUUAUAGCCCGUAUGGUAGCGAGAUGGAAUGAUCCAGGGACGAUCAAGGUGUUGUUGGAAGCUGGUUUGGAUCCGAACGAGCUACCAUCUUUAGGCAAGGAGGGAGAGGACGACAGACAAGGGGCGGAAAACGUGCGAUAUGCGCUCCAUGAGGUAUCUCGACCGUCAACUAGUGAUCAUCCAGAGGCAGACCUUCAUUUACGAAAGCAGGCGACCAUGGAGUUGUUGCUCUUGCACGGCGCUGAUCCAUUCAAACUGUACCCGGAUGGAAGAUGUCUGCUCUAUACUGUCGUCGAGGAACAGGGUCAAAUAGACAGUUUUCUCCCUCAACUCUCACAGACAGAUAUCGACCGCAAGGACAAGCGCGGACGCACCCUUCUAACCUUGGCUUGUAUUCCGACUGUCCCUGUAGGACCGCCAACAUACGACGAAGAGAAAUCACCAUGCGUGAGUAUCGUGCCUGAUUCCAUCCUUGGUUUGUUAAAGCACGGGGCUGAUGCCGUCGCUGUCGAUGACGAAGGACGUACACCGCUGCAUUGGUUCUGUACGCUUCCCGGAAAAUACGAUGAGAAGCAACGGCAGGCUUUUAUCACGCUGGUUGAACACGGUCCCGCUGCCGUCAACAUAGCCGACAAGCAAGGCCGCAAGCCUCUUCAUUUGGCACUCGCGGCAUAUGCGGAUCGUCUCCAAGGAUCCCUAUUUGCGGUCAAGCACCUCAUAUCCGCAGGCUCUGAUAUAAGUGAGCCAGAUCCCGCGACGGGUAAUUCGACGCUUCACCAGCUCGCACCUCGUCUCGUAGGUCACGCCGGAAGAGCCGUCAAAGCGACCUCACUCUUCCGCAAGCUUUCCACCAACCUCGAUAUCAACGCCCGGAACGCCUUGGGCGAGACUCCGGUGAUGCGUUUCGCGAGUGCUGGGUGGGAAGGCACACGUGAUCCCCAGCACAAAGUUUCGCAUCCAACAUAUGCUAUUGCCAAUGAUGUGACGCACGCGAGGGCGCUGAGCGUCUUUGUGGAUCUGGGUGCGGACUUGAUGGCUGUGGAUGCACGGGGGCAGACGCUGCUGCAUGUAACGGCGAGAAGGGGGCUUCCGAGUGGUAGCUCGGAUUGGGAUCAGCGGGAGGAUUUGAAGGGUGCGUUUGAGAAGUUGAUGGAGCUUGGUGUUGAUCCGCGGAGGGAGGAUGGUGAGUUGAGGACGGCUAUUGACGUUGCUGUUGCGAGGGAGUUGCGUGAUGUUAUUCAGUUGUUUAGGGAGAAGAGGGAAGAAAGGAGUGUGGAAGAGAGCGAGGAGAGUGAAGAAUAA